AUAGACCUGGAACAGCACAUGCCUCGAUAAAAAGUUCCAUGGCCUUUUGGCUGACCCUGGCAUCCAAGAUUUCUCCCUUGGCUUGUCAUCUCAGAGGGAAGUUGCGAACCACUUGGAAUCGACAACUUCAUUCCUUCCCCUCAAGUCGGUCAUCAUCCUGUUCAGACCAGCUUGCUUUAACGCAGGUUCCAUAUCUCUCAAGCUGGGAUGCUCAAGACUUCCAAUCAACUGCGUACGCAAAGAGUCUGCCUUACCGAUUUCCCAGAUGUCCGGACAUCUUACCUCCUGCUUGCUCCAAAUGGUUCAUUCACAACGACUGUCCACCUCAGCCUCGAGCCGGUGACAAUGUGGAUGUGAUCCAACCCUCUCAUGGCGGACAUACCACUCCCUCGUCCUCACCACCCCCACCACCACCACCAUCAUCUGAGUUACAACCAUCUUUCUGGGCCGAGUAUCAAGAUACCCUCGUUUCACUCGAACUGACAUCUCGAAAUGCUUCUGGGAAACAAGACUUUCACCGGGUGGAAGCACCACUAUCGAUUCUCCUGAGCUAUCUGUCCAACACCAGUCCAGCAUCCUCUCCAUCAGCCACGGACCAGGAUCUUCCACACCCCUCCGCCUCUUCAACUUCACCAUCCAACUCCAAAGACCACCACUCCAUCUAUCUCGCCCAAUGUUCUCUUGAAGACCUCCCUCCAGCCCUACAACUCGAUCUCCCCACUCCCUCCCUCCUCAGGCCAAACUCCCAAUCCAAGCCCCAUUCUCCUUCCCAUUCAACCUCCUCUCCACAACCCCCAAGGAUCAGAGGCGACAUCUACUCUUCCUCUCUCUGGCUCGGCCGUCCACCCACCUAUACUCCCCUCCACCGAGAUCCCAACCCUAAUCUAUUCAUUCAACUGGCAGGAUCCAAGAUCAUCCGUCUCCUUCCCCCGACUGUCGGCGAUGCCAUUUUCGAUCUCAUUCACACGCAAGUAUCCUCCUCUUCUUCGUCCUCCCGAAUCCGUGGUGAAGAAAUGAUGCAAGGUCCAGAACGGUCGCUUCUUCACAGUGCAAUUUGGCCUGAUCACCCUGAAACCCUGCCAGGUUCAGGAUCUCAACCUGACUCUUCUACGAUUUCCUCUUCGCCAUCACUCCGUGAUUCCCCUUACUCGGAUAUUCUUAAGCGAUAUGGGCAGGAAAUCACUGUUCACACGGGUGAUGCCCUGUUCAUUCCUACUGGGUGGUGGCACAGUGUCAAGGGCACUGGUGCUGGAGUCACGGCCAGUGCUAACUGGUGGUUCCGCUGA